AUGGCAGCUAGUGCACCUCGAUUUACUAAGCCGCCAGCUAUUNUUCGACACUCACCCGAUGCGUCUACGCGUCUCUAUCUCGAAUGCCAAGUGCAAGGAACGCCCAAGCCCGAUGUGACUUGGUUUCAAAACGAGACUAAACUGACAACUACAUCAGCUAAACAUAAGCAAACAAUCAAAGCUGCAACUGGAAAUAAUUACGAUAUUACGCUUGAAAUCACUGAUCUUGGUCCUACUGAUGCCGGUACAUAUAAAAUAGUCGUUAAGAAUAAAGCAGGUGAAGUGACUGCAAAUGUGAAUUUAAAUUUUUCAAAUGAAGAUGACGCUAGUGCAAGCGCAGCUGAAAGUUCGGCUGAAGGAACUGCACCAACGUUUAUUCAAAAACCUAUUAUUAAACAAGAAGAUGAUGGAAAACGUUUAAUCUUCGAAUGUAAAAUUGCUGCUGAUCCUAAACCAGAUCUUUUCUGGUCGCACGAUGACGUUGCGAUCGAAAAUGCUGGUCGUUAUUUAAUCUAUUGCGAUCCAUUACCGAACAAUGCCUAUGUCGCUUGUUUGUCUAUCGAUGAUGUGAACGCUUCGGACGCAGGAAAAUAUAAAAUUUCUGCCAAGAAUAAACUCGGAGAAAGCAAUGCCCAUAUUCAACUAAAUCUUGAUAAUCAAGAUGCAAGUGCUACGGGCCGACCGACAUUUACUCAGGCACCUCAAGUACGAAUGUUUGAAGAAUCUGUACUUUUGGAAUGUCGAUGCACAGCUGAUCCCGUACCAAGCUUUACUUGGACACUCGACGGAAAAGCCAUUGCUACAGGAGCAAGAUAUAAACAAGGAAUCUUAUCUGAAGGAAAUACGCAUACAAUAUUCCUUGAAAUUGCUCAACUCACUUCGAAAGAUUCAGGUGCCUACAAAUGCACUGCCAAGAACGUCAAAGGUGAUGGUGCAGCAAAUAUUCAAUUAAAUAUUGAAGGAAUUGACUUCAAAUUACCUGAAGGUAUCGCACCUUCAUUUCUCGACAAACCAACCAUUAAACAAGAUGCUAAAACUGUUACUAUUACAAUUGAUAUUCUUGCUGAUCCAAGUCCAUCGUUACAUUGGACAAAGGAUGGCAAAGAACUACUGAAUGUUGAUAAAAUCAUCACACGUAUUGAUCGACAAGGUGGCAACAAAUAUCGCAUUUCCUUGGAUAUCAAAAAUUUAGCAACAUCGGAUAGUGGAGUCUACAAAUGUACCUUAGCGAACGAAUUAGGUACAGCUGUCGCCAAUGUUGUGAUCAAAGUUGCUGGUGAUAAGGCAACUUUGGAACAAUUGGAUCGAUUAGCUCCGGCAUUCGAAAAACCGACGACAACGAAGAGCGUCACCGAGAAAUCGAUUCGAAUCGAGUGUCGCUGCAAAGGCAAACAAGAACCAAAGGUAACGUGGAAGAAAGAGAAAACAGAAAUCAAAGAUACACCGAAUAAAUAUAAAGUCACGAAAACAAAAGUGACUGAAGAAACCUAUCUAUACAUUUUGGAAAUCUUGAGUCCUUCGACAAAUGACAGUGGCGUUUAUAAAAUUUUUGCUAAAAACGAUGCUGGCGAUUCCCAGGCGUUAGUGAAUUUGACUGUCGAUGCUGAUGCUGUUCAACAGAAAGAUGCAGAAGAGAAGAAACCCGAAACAGCUGGAAAUAAAAUGACUGCACCUGUUUUUGCCGAUAAACCUAAGGAAGUGUCGACCACUGAUGGAGACAAAGUACUAAUACAGUGUAAAGUUACGGGUACGCCAACACCAGAAAUAACAUGGUUUCACAAUAAGAAAGAAAUCAAACCGUCAGCUGACUAUGUACAAGAAUAUGAUGGCACAACAGCUAAAUUAACUAUUCCUGAUGGCUACGUGGAUGAUAGCGGUGAUUGGGUAUGCGAAGCAUGGAACGAAGCUGGUGAAGCGACGCAAACAGUUCGUGUUACUAUCAAAGAAAAACGUGGUAAAGCUAAACGUACAAGAAAGCCGCCUGCCAAAACACCUGCUCCAAAAGAUGAAGAGCCAAGUAAAAAAGAACAACGAAAGCAAGCUUUGGAACAACAAAAGGCACCAGAAGCUGCUGCACCUGCAGUCGAAACUCCACCAUCAGCACCAGCACCAGCACCAGCACCGGCUGCUGCUGCUGCUGCAUCUACCACUCCUGAAUCUGAUGAGCAACGUGUACCAACGAUUCAAACCGAAGAGCCUGUCUAUGAAGACGAAGGUCCUCGUCGUCAAAAACCAGCCGACAAAAUCAAACGAGUAUCUCAAGCUAAACUUGAUAUCAUAUCUGAAGGUCAAUCAACGAAGCCACGUGAACGUAAAAUACGUGAACCACUCGAAGCACAUGCUGAAUCACUUGCACCUCUUUUUAUUGAAAAACCCGAAAAUACGAGUGCGAAAGAAGGCCAAUCGACUUUUGUCGAAGUUGUCGUUGAUGGAAAUCCAUUUCCUAAAGUCAUUUGGUAUAAAGGAAAAAUUGAAAUAGCUGAAGGUGUAAAGUUCAAAAUGGAAAUCGAUCCAACAACAGGUAUUGCAACGUUGCACAUAGUCAAAUGUCGUCAAACUGAUGACUCGCCUUAUGCGGUGACUGCGCACAAUGAACAUGGAGAAGUGCAUGCCGAAUUCCAUCUCUAUGUGAAAGCGGCCAAAGACGAUCAAGCUGAUUUUCGUGAUAUACUUAAACACCGCGAAAAACAAAGGAAAAAGGUUGAAGAAGAAGAAAGGGAACAGAUAAACUUAAAACACGUUUCUCCACAAAUUCGCACUGAUCAACCAGAAGAGACCGGUGGUGGUGGUGAUGAAAGCACACCUGGUUCACGUCGAUCCAGUAUCAUGGACGAUCGACGUCCUUCACUUCGUCGUGUCGAUCAAGAGAAUCUUCUUAAAGUUCGACGAGACUCCAAAACACGUCGACCAUCACUGGCUGAUGUCAUACCAGAUUGGCCAGCAUUACACAAAGUGAAACGACCAGAAAAGGAAAAAGAAGCUUUUGUGGAACAUUUGCAAGAUAUUAAAUGUAAAGAAGAAGAUGGAGAAAUCACAUUUCAAUGCACGUUCUGCAAACCUAGUACACGUAUACGAUGGCUAAAGAAUAAGGUGGAAAUUUUCCAUGGUUUAAAAUAUCAUUUCGAUUCAAGUGGAGCUAAACAAAAAUUAACAAUCUAUAAAUUACAUCCUGACGAUUCAGGAAAAUACUUCUGUCGUGUGAAUGAUAUUGAAACGUCAGCUUGGUUGGAAGUUAUACCUGCUAAGCCUCUGUAUGAUUUCUACAAGGAAUUACCUGCCAAGAUGGAUGUCUUUCGAACUAAGCAGACUGUACUCGAAUGUCAUGUCAAUGAUUCAAAUGCGCCCGUCAAAUGGUUCAAAAAUGGUGUUCUAAUUGAUUUUGAAAAAGAUAAACGCAUCAAGUAUCAUCAGGAUAUGACACGAUGUAUCCUCCGAAUAUUUAAGACGACAAAAGCAGAUGAAGGAGAAUACACAUGUCAAAUUGACGACGACCGAGGCAUCAAAACUUCUGGUUACCUCUACGUCGAAGAACCUCAAUGGCGUUUUGAGACGAAAUUGCCAGCUACCUUAGAAGGUGACGAAAAUGAUAAAAUUGAACUUGAAUGCAGCGUUCAAGAUGAAGAUGCUGAGUGUGAUUGGUAUUUCGGAGGAGAAAAAAUACUUCCGGAAUCCAAUCCCGAUAAAUAUGAAGUGAUUUCAUAUGGCAAAGUUCGCAAAUUAGUAGUGCGAAAACUACAUCCGGUUGACGACAAAGGCAAAUACGAAUGUCGAACUGGCGUGAUGACAACACAUUGCGAUGUAUCCGUUCGACCGGCGCUUCGUAUCGAAAAAGGAUUGAAAGAUAUCGAUGCAUUGGAAGAAGAAGAAGUCGUCAUCGAGGUAACUCUAUCCAAACCUGAUGCACGAGGAAAAUGGUUCAAGGACGGCAAAAUUCUCUAUCCCGAUCAAAAAACUGUUAUCCUCAAUGAAGGCAAUGUUUAUCGAUUGAAAUUGAAGAGCAUUGGUCUUAAAGAUGCUGGAGACAUUUCUUUUCAAUGUGGAGACUUGAAAGACAGUUGCAAGAUCAGUGUCAAGGAAUCCGAGAAACCGCCGCGAAUUGAUGCGACACGUUUUGCGAAAUCGGUUACUAUCAAAGCGGGUCGACCAUUAGAUCUAGAGAUUCCUUAUGAUGCUUAUCCAGCACCAACAAUGACCUGGACUAAAGAUGGUAAAACAGUGCAACCUGGUGACGGUUCUUCUUGUCAGACAACACUUGAUGCGAAGAAAUGCAAACUGAAUAUUGAAAAAUCAAAACGUGGAGACACAGGAAAAUACGAAUUAACAUUAAGAAAUGCCAAGGGCGAAGUGAAGAUUCCAAUCGAUGUUAUUGUUCUAGAUCGUCCGGGUAAACCUGAGGGCCCAAUGAAAGUGAGCGACGUGACUAAAGAAACAUGUGUCGUUUCAUGGAAGCCUCCAUUGGACAAUGGUGGUGCUCCUGUUGAAAGAUAUGUUGUUGAAAAGCAAGAUCUUGGUCGUGGCGGUUGGACACCUGCUGGUGAUGUGAAUGGCGAAACAACAUCGUUACGUGUGACAAAAUUAACGCCAGGAAAAGAAUAUCUCUUUCGUGUACGUGCUGUCAACAAGGAAGGCGAUGGUGAACCAUUGGAAACAACUGGUGCAACAUUAGCGAAGAAUCCGUAUGAUGAGCCAAGUGCCCCAGGCAAGCCGGAAGUGGCCGACUGGGAUAAAGAUCGUGUUGAUCUACAAUGGGAAGCACCGGAAAAGGAUGGCGGUGCACCUGUCGAGAAGUAUGUUAUUGAACGUCGUGAGAAAGGACGCGAACCAUGGCAAAAGGCGGCAGAAAUUUCUGGUAAUUCGACGAAAGGUUCCUGUGGUGGUUUAUCAGAAGGAAAAGAAUAUGAAUUUCGUGUCGUUGCUGUCAAUAAGGCAGGUCCGUCAGAGCCAAGUGAGCCAUCUAAGGCAGUCAUUGCCAAACCACGUUUCUUGAAACCACGUAUCAAUAAGGUUGGCUUGAAAUCUGUGACUGUUAAACAAGGACAAACAAUUACAUUGGAAGCUCCAUAUGCUGCUGAACCAUUGCCAAACAUGACUUGGCAACGUGAUGCAACUGAAGUCACGCCUGACGAUCGCACACAAAUGACUCAAACCGAUAAAUUAGCCAAACUUGUUAUCACCAAAGCUGUUCGUGCUGAUACAGGUCGCUAUUUGAUCCGUUUAGUGAAUGACUCGGGCACGGAAACCGCUGAUUGUGAAGUUAUUGUGCUCGGCCCACCAUCGAAACCACGUGGUCCUCUCGAAGUUAAAGGAGUCACAAAAUCUAGCGUUACACUUUCUUGGUUACCGCCAACAGACAAUGGUGGCAAAGAAAUAUCAAACUAUGUUGUAGAGAAACGUGACAAACAGAGCGGCGAUUGGGUACGCUGUGCUGAAGGUGUCAAUGGUACAGAAGUAACAAUUGGCAAAUUGAAAGAAGGACAUGAAUACGAAUUUCGUGUUAUGGCCGAAAAUGCUAAUGGUCUUUCGGAACCAUUAGUAACUGAUAAAGGUGUUCUGGUCAAAAAUCCAUUCACUGAGCCUGGAGCACCGGGUACACCUGAAUGUGUUUCACGCGAUCGUAAACAUAUUGAAGUGAAAUGGGCACCACCAAGAAAUGAUGGUGGCAACCCAGUGAAAGGUUACAUUGUUGAACGACGUGAAAAAGCUGCCAAAAAGAAAGAAUGGACAAAAAUCAAUCGUGGUGAAGUCCAUAAAGCAACCAAUUUUGUUGAUGAAAACGUCACAGCUAUGAAAGAAUACGAAUAUCGAGUUACUGCUGUCAAUGAUGCGGGUCCAGGUGAACCAAGUGAUUCAUCUGGCAGUAUUGCUGCCCGACCAGAAAAAGAAAAACCGUCGUUCGAUACAAGUCAAUUGUUUGGUCCACUUGGUAAAAAAGAAAUUCGUGUGAAAGCAGGUGAACCACUAACAAUUGAUCUACCUAUUAACGGAUCGCCAACACCAGUUAUUACCUGGACCAAGGAUGGUGAAACUGUUCAACCGGCUCGAGAUACACAAAUCGAAAAUGACGAUUUUCAUGCUAAGUUACACAAACCCAUUUCCAAACGAGCGGAUACUGGCAAGUACAAAGUUCAGUUGAAGAAUGAUUCGGGUGAAGAUGAAUGUGACAUUGAUGUUAUCGUCUUGGACAAACCCGGAGCACCCGAAGGACCUUUAGAAACCACUGAAACAACGAAAGAUAGCGUUUCACUUCAAUGGAAACCGCCUAAAGACAAUGGUGGUGGUGAUAUCACAGGAUAUACCAUUGAAAAAUGUCCGGAAAAUUCGGACCGUUGGGAAAAAGUACCAGGUGUGUUCACUCAACCGAAAGGCACGAUUAAAGAUUUGGAAAUGAACAAGAAAUUUAAAUUUCGAGUCAAAGCUGAAAAUAUUUAUGGUCUUAGUGAACCACUAGAAACAACAUCGCUUAUCACUGUCAAGCCACCAUACGAUGCGCCUGACGCACCCGAUACACCUGAAAUUGCCGAGUACAAUUCAACUUUUAUCAAACUUAAAUGGGAAAAACCAAAGCGAGAUGGUGGUAAUCCUGUUUCGGGUUAUAAUAUUGAAAUGCGGGAAAAGGGUAGUAAUAAUUGGGUGCCAUGCAACAAUCUACCGACGAAAAAUACCGAAUAUACUGUCACGGGUUUGCGUGAAGGUCAGACAUACGAAUUUCGUGUUGCUGCUGUUAAUGGUGCUGGCCCAGGAACACCAUCAAAACCAACUAAACCACAGAGAGCUGAAGUGCCAAUGUACGUUGCUGAUGCACCCGAUCAACCCAAAGUGGAAAAAAUAACUAAAGAUUCGGUGACACUCUCAUGGAAGAAACCGACUAAUGAUGGUGGCAGUCGAAUCACCGGAUAUAUCGUUGAGAAACGAUCGCCUGAUAGUCGCGAUUGGACGGAAGUAACAGAGCUACCUGCACGGGAACAUUCGUAUACAGUUCCUAACCUCAAAGAAGGCGACGAUAUUUCGUUUCGUAUUCGAGCGGUCAAUGCAAUCGGUCCCAGUGAACCAAGUAAACCAACCGACGCUGUUACCGUUCAAGAUCAACCAGACAAACCAUCAUUUCUUGAUUUACACAAUAUCAAAGAUAUUACAGUACGCGCUGGUAAAGAUUUUGAAUUGCAUAUACCGUAUAAAGCUACACCCAAAGCAACAGCACAGUGGUUAAUUGAUGAUAAGGAAUUGAUUGCCGAUGACCGUGUCAAUACUAAGCUAUCAGAUAAUGUCGUUACAGUACUCAAUCGCAAAGCUGAACGUGGAGAUACCGGUAUUUAUAAACUGAUUUUGAAAAAUACCGAAGGUACCAACCAAGUACAAUUUCGUGUCAACGUUCUCGCACCACCCGCAAAGCCUGAAGGCCCACUUGAAGCAACGAAUGUUACUGCUGAAGGAUGUACCUUAAACUGGAAGCCACCCAAAGACGACGGUGGCAAUGACAUAAAGCAUUACGUUGUCGAGCGACGUGAAGCCGGGACAGAAAAAUGGACGAAAAUCGGACCUCCUGUAUCAGGUACAACAUGUGACGUGAGAGGAUUAGAAGACGGCAAAAAUUAUGAAUUUCGCGUCGCUGCUGAAAAUGACAAUGGUGUCUCGGAACCAUUAGUGGUUGACACACCAGUGAAAGCUAAAUGGCCAUUCACUACACCAGAUGCCCCAGGCACACCUGAGUGCGUCGCACACACCAGCGACUCAAUAACAUUACAGUGGGCACGACCACAAAGUGAUGGUGGCAAUCCAAUUCGAGGUUAUCUAAUUGAAAAGAAAGAAAAAGGAACUGACCGAUGGAUUCCUGUUAAUCGUGAACCUGCAUCCGGUACCGAAUAUACAGUACCGGGUUUGGUAGACGGAAAAGAAUACGAAUUCCGUGUUGCUGCAGUCAAUCGAGCUGGACCGGGAGAAUAUGCUAAAACCGAAGGACCCAUUCAAGCACGUCCACCCGAUGUUGCUCCACAUGCGGUUGGUUUCAGUACAUUUGCUCCAAAGGAAAUCAUUGUUCGUGCUGGUGAAGAUCUUAAACUUACGGUACCAUUUAUUGGUUCACCUGCACCACAAGUUACAUUCGGUAAAAAUGGCGAUGAAAUCAAGCCUGACGGGAAUACACAAGUGACAGUUAAAGACGGUGUUGCUGAACUUGUUGUACCAAAAGUCAAGGCCGGUGACACUGGUUUAUAUUCAUGUACAUUGAAGAAUAAUCUUGGUCAAGAAACUGUUCAAAUGAAAGUUGUCGUUGUUGACAAACCAGAUACACCCGAAGGACCAUUGAAUGUCUCUGAUGUUAAACCUGAUUCAUGUGUUUUGACUUGGAAGCCGCCGAAAAAUGAUGGUGGUGCACCGAUCACUAAUUAUGUCAUUGAAAAAUUCGAUACGAAGAAAGGCGAAUGGCAAAAAGUGUCGAGUUUCUGUCGUACGCCAUUCUACGAAGUCACUGGUCUAGACGAAGGCUCGGAAUAUAAAUUCCGUGUUUCUGCUGAGAAUGUCUAUGGACAAAGUGUACCAUUGGAAUGUGAGAAACCAAUUGUCGCUAAACUUCCAUACAAUGCACCACAAGGUCCAUCAAAUGUUGAAGUUGGUAAACAAACUGAAGAUUCGGUUACACUGAAAUGGGACAAACCUAAAAAUGAUGGCGGUUCUAAAGUAACUGGCUAUCAAGUCGAAAUACGCAAACCGGACAGCGAUGUUUGGGAAGUGGUCAAUGACUAUCCAAUUAAAGGAAGUGAUUUUACUGUUGAAAACCUUGACGUAGGAAAGCCAUAUGAAUUUCGUGUGAAAGCGAAAAAUGCUGCUGGUUGGGGAGAUUAUACUAAACUAGAUCGACCGGUAAUAUUAAAACCUGACACAAUUCCACCUUCAUCACCUGGUUUACCAGAAGUGAAGAAAGUCGGCAAGAAUUAUGUCGAAUUAAGUUGGACUCCACCUACAAAUGAUGGCGGUUCGAAAAUUACUAACUAUGUCGUGGAAAAACGACCGGUUGGAAGUGAUCAAUGGACGAAAGCGAGUCCGUACACGGUCGUCGACAAUACCGCAACAGUCACUGAUUUACCGGAAAAUGGCGAAUUCGAAUUUCGUGUUAAAGCAGUGAAUAAAGCAGGUGAGGGCGAACCAAGUUCAACAACUGGUCGAGUUAAAAUCACCGAAUAUCCAAACGGCCAUGCACCAACAUUUGUGAAAAAACUCGUCGACACCAGUGCACCGCUCAACGGUGAAGCAACAUUUACAGUUGAAUUCGAAGGUAAUCCAGUGCCAGAAGUGAAAUGGUUUCGCAAUGGGCUGGAAUUAUCAUCUUCUGGUCGUUAUCGAAUAAGCACAAAACCAAAUGAGUUCAAAUCAACAUUGAUUUUCAACGAAGCUUGGGAUACUGAUAAUAAUUCAAAGAUAUCAUGUGAAAUCGCCAACCCACUUGGACGAGAAACUUGUGAAGCGACAUUUACUGUUAAAACACCGCCUAGACUUACACGUGAACCAGAUGAUCAACGUGUACCGCUGGGUGAAACGUUGAAAGUCAAGAUUCCCAUUACUGGAAAAGGGCCGUUCAACUUCAAAGUGAAGAGAAAUGAUCAAUCACUAGAAGACAGUGAUCGUGUACGCAUUCAAGAAUAUGACGAUUACAUUGUCGUUACAAUACCAGAUAUUGAACGAGAAGAUGCUGGCAAAUAUGCAAUUAAUGUUUCUAACGAAUCAGGUUCAUGCAACAUACCGAUGAAAGUCAAAGUUAUUGCACCACCACUUCCUCCAACUGGUCCGCUUGAAAUUUCAAAUGUCUCAAAAGAUCGUGCAACGCUCGCUUGGAAGUCACCUAAGGACGAUGGUGGCAGUAAAAUCAUUGGCUACGUCGUCGAACGACGUGAUACAUCGAAAGCUGCUGAUGCCUGGAUACCUGUCACCCAAGCAUGUAAAGAGACAACAUUUACUGUUCCCAACUUACUUGAUGGACACGAAUAUGAUUUUCGUGUUAUGGCUGUCAAUGAAAAUGGUACUAGCGAACCAUUACGUUCAUCGUCACCAGUAACUGCUAAACUUCCAUUCAAACCACCUGGAGCACCAGGACAACCUGAAAUUAAUGAACUAACGAACAAUUCGGCUACACUUCAUUGGGAUAAACCAACGUCGGAUGGUGGCGGUCCAAUUACUGGCUACUGGAUUGAAAAACGCGAAGAAAACACAGACAGAUGGAUACCAGUGAACAUGUCACUAUCUCCAUCGACCUAUUACACUGUUCCAUCAUUAAUUGAAGAUCGUGUCUAUGAAUUUCGUGUUACAGCGGAAAAUGAAGCCGGAAAAGGAGUACCUUCCGAAGCAACAAAACCAACUAAAAUCAAGGAUCCGAAUGCAUCAACUCCACCAGAAUUUCUUAAGAAGCUAAGAGAUGCUGAAGGUAAUGAGGGUAGAACCAUUACUCUCGAAGCCGAAGUAACUGGACUUCCAAAACCAGAUGUCGAAUGGUACAAAGGUACAAAAGAAAUAUCGCAAAGUGCGAAAUAUACCAUCACGCGUGACGGUGACAAAUGCGUUCUGGUUAUCAACAAUGCUACACCAGAUGACGUUGAUGAGUACAGUAUCAAAGCACGAAACAAGGGUGGCUCAAGAAUGUGUCGGUGUAAUGUCGAUGUUCGAUCACCGCCUCGAUUUCGCUUACCGGCAAAAUACAAUGAUGUUCUCAACUAUGACAAAGGUGAAACAAUUGUUAUUAAAAUUCCAUAUACUGGCAGUCCAUUACCGAAUGUGUCGUUAACUAAAGACGGCAAUGAUGUCAGCAAAGACAAGAACGUCUCCAUUGACGUUAGCGACCGCGGCAUUACUUUAACUAUUCGCAAUGCGGACAAGAAUACAAGUGGACCAUAUAAGAUCAAACUAUCGAAUAACUUAGGCGAAGAUGAAGCUACCUUACGUCUUCAUGUUUCAGAUCUGCCGGGUGCACCGCGUAAUGCACAAGUUGAUUCGGUGUUCGAUGAUUCAGCAACUUUAUCAUGGCGACCACCGGAAGAUGAUGGUGGUAGUUACAUAACAAAUUACAUUAUUGAAAAACUAGAACCUGACACUGGCAAAUGGGUGAAAGCAGCGACAAGUCGAUCUCCUCGUUGUACAGUAGAAAAUCUAUUACCAAAUAAACCGUAUCAAUUUCGCAUUCUUGCUGAAAAUAUUUUCGGAGCUGGCGAACCAUCAGAACCAACGAAGACUGUUCAAACGACUGAUUCUGAUGCUAGUCGCAAACGACGUACCGGCAACGACGAUGCAUCAAGACGAAAGAACAAAGAUCUACCCAAAUUGGAUAACUACGAUCGAUGCUUUUGGGAUAUUUGGGAUAAAGGUCGUCAACCAACACGUGCUACACUGAAACAUGGAAGUAUCUAUGAUUAUUACGAUAUUCUCGAAGAAAUUGGCCGUGGGGCAUUUGGUGUCGUUCAUCGUUGUAUUGAGAAAGCCACCGGCAAAACGUAUGCCGCGAAAUUUAUUCCGACAUUAACUCCUGCGGAUAAAGCAACCGUUCGUCGUGAAAUCGAAGUUAUGGCUGAUUUGAAUCAUCCCAAGUUACUUCAUUUGCAUGAUGCUUUCGAAGAAGAAGUCGAAAUGGCCAUGGUAACAGAAUUCAUUGCCGGAGGCGAAUUAUUCGAUCGCAUUGCUGAUCCCAACUACAAAAUGACCGAAGCUGAAGCGAUCAAAUAUAUGCGACAAAUUUGUCAAGGACUCAGACAUAUGCAUGAAAAUAACGUCGUUCAUUUAGAUCUAAAACCGGAAAAUAUUAUGUGUGAAACCAAGAACAGUACUAAUAUCAAGAUAUGCGACUUUGGUUUAGCAACAAAACUUGAUCCUAACGAAGUUGUCAAAGUUAGUGCCGCUACUGUUGAAUUUGCUGCACCGGAAAUAGUCGAUCAUGACGCAGUUGGAUUCUACACAGAUAUGUGGGCAGCAGGUGUUCUCGCUUAUGUUAUUCUCAGUGGUUUAUCGCCAUUUGGCGGCCAAGAUGACAAUGAUACUAUGGAAAAUAUACGUAAAUGUGAUGUACGCUUUCCCAACGAAGUCUUUGGUAAUAUCUCUGAUGAUGGAAAAGAUUUUAUCAAAAAACUUUUAUUGAAAAGUCGAAAUGCACGAAUGACAGUUCAUGAUGCACUUGACCAUCCAUGGUUACGCGAAGAUCGUUCUGAUCUCGAUUCACGAAUACCAUCCGGUCGAUUCGACGAUAUUCGUCAACGUAAUCCAGUGCCAGAAGUGAAAUGGUUUCGCAAUGGGCUGGAAUUAUCAUCUUCUGGUCGUUAUCGAAUAAGCACAAAACCAAAUGAGUUCAAAUCAACAUUGAUUUUCAACGAAGCUUGGGAUACUGAUAAUAAUUCAAAGAUAUCAUGUGAAAUCGUCAAUCCACUUGGACGAGAAACUUGUGAAGCGACAUUUACUGUUAAAACACCGCCUAGACUUACACGUGAACCAGAUGAUCAACGUGUACCACUGGGUGAAACGUUGAAAGUCAAGAUUCCCAUUACUGGAAAAGGGCCAUUCAACUUCAAAGUGAAGAGAAAUGAUCAAUCACUAGAAGACAGUGAUCGUGUACGCAUUCAAGAAUACGACGAUUACAUUGUCGUCACAAUACCAGAUAUUGAACGAGAAGAUGCUGGUAAAUAUGCAAUUAAUGUUUCUAACGAAUCAGGUUCAUGCAACAUACCGAUGAAAGUCAAAGUUAUUGCUCCACCGCUUCCUCCAACUGGUCCACUUGAAAUUUCAAAUGUUUCAAAAGACCGUGCAACACUCGCUUGGAAGCCACCUAAGGACGAUGGUGGUAGCAAAAUCAUUGGCUACAUCGUCGAACGACGUGAUACAUCGAAAGCUGCUGACGCCUGGAUACCUGUCACCCAAGCAUGUAAAGAGACAACAUUUACUGUUCCCAACCUACUCGAUGGACAUGAAUACGAUUUUCGUGUUAUGGCUGUCAAUGAAAAUGGUACUAGCGAACCAUUACGUUCAUCGUCACCAGUAACUGCUAAACUUCCAUUCAAACCACCUGGAGCACCGGGACAACCUGAAAUUAAUGAACUAACGAACAAUUCAGCUACACUUCAUUGGGAUAAGCCAACGUCGGAUGGUGGCGGUCCAAUUACUGGCUACUGGAUUGAAAAACGCGAAGAAAAUACAGAUAAAUGGAUACCAGUGAACAUGUCACUAUCUCCAUCGACCUAUUACACUGUUCCAUCAUUAAUUGAAGAUCGUGUCUAUGAAUUUCGUGUUACAGCGGAAAAUGAAGCCGGAAAAGGAGUACCUUCCGAAGCAACAAAACCAACUAAAAUCAAGGAUCCGAAUGCAUCAACUCCACCAGAAUUUCUUAAGAAGCUAAGAGAUGCUGAAGGUAAUGAGGGUAGAACCAUUACUCUCGAAGCCGAAGUAACUGGACUUCCAAAACCAGAUGUCGAAUGGUACAAAGGUACAAAAGAAAUAUCACAAAGUGCGAAAUAUACCAUCACGCGUGACGGUGAUAAGUGCGUUCUGGUUAUUAACAAUGCUACACCAGAUGACGUUGAUGAAUACAGUAUCAAAGCGCGAAACAAGGGUGGCUCAAGAAUGUGUCGGUGUAAUGUCGAUGUUCGAUCACCGCCACGAUUUCGCUUACCGGCAAAAUACAAUGAUGUUCUCAACUAUGACAAAGGUGAAACAAUUGUUAUUAAAAUUCCAUAUACUGGCAGUCCAUUACCGAAUGUAUCGUUAACUAAAGACGGUAAUGAUGUCAGCAAAGAUAAGAACGUCUCUAUUGACGUCAGCGACCGCGGCAUUACCUUAACUAUUCGCAAUGCAGACAAGAAUACAAGUGGACCAUAUAAGAUCAAACUAUCGAAUAACUUAGGCGAAGAUGAAGCAACCUUACGUCUUCAUGUUUCAGAUCUACCUGGUGCACCACGUGAUGCACAAGUUGAUUCUGUGUUCGAUGAUUCAGCAACUUUAUCAUGGCGACCACCGGAAGAUGAUGGUGGUAGUUACAUAACGAAUUACAUUAUUGAAAAAUUAGAACCUGACACUGGCAAGUGGGUGAAAGCAGCGACAAGUCGAUCUCUUCGUUGUACAGUAGAAAAUCUAUUACCAAAUAAACCGUAUCAAUUUCGCAUUCUUGCUGAAAAUAUUUUCGGAGCUGGCGAACCAUCAGAACCAACGAAGACUGUUCAAACGACUGAUUCCGAUGCUAAUCGCAAACGACGUACCGGCAAUGACGAUGCAUCAAGACGAAAGAACAAAGAUCUACCCAAAUUGGACAACUACGAUCGAUGCUUUUGGGAUAUUUGGGAUAAAGGUCGUCAACCAACACGUGCUACACUGAAACAUGGAAGUAUCUAUGAUUAUUACGAUAUUCUUGAAGAAAUUGGCCGCGGGGCAUUUGGUGUCGUGCAUCGUUGUAUUGAGAAAGCCACCGGCAAAACAUAUGCCGCGAAAUUUAUUCCGACAUUAACUCCUGCGGAUAAAGCAACCGUUCGUCGUGAAAUCGAAGUUAUGGCCGAUUUGAAUCAUCCCAAGUUACUUCAUUUGCAUGAUGCUUUCGAAGAAGAAGUCGAAAUGGCCAUGGUAACAGAAUUCAUUGCCGGAGGCGAAUUAUUCGAUCGCAUUGCUGAUCCCAAUUACAAAAUGACCGAAGCUGAAGCGAUCAAAUAUAUGCGACAAAUUUGUCAAGGACUCAGACAUAUGCAUGAAAAUAAUGUCGUUCAUUUAGAUCUAAAACCGGAAAAUAUUAUGUGUGAAACCAAGAACAGUACUAAUAUCAAGAUAUGCGACUUUGGUUUAGCAACGAAACUUGAUCCUAACGAAGUUGUCAAAGUUAGUGCUGCUACUGUGGAAUUCGCUGCGCCGGAAAUAGUCGAUCAUGAUGCGGUUGGAUUCUACACAGAUAUGUGGGCAGCAGGUGUUCUCGCUUAUGUUAUCCUCAGUGGUUUGUCACCAUUUGGUGGCCAAGAUGACAAUGAUACCAUGGAAAAUAUACGUAAAUGUGAUGUACGCUUUCCCAACGAAGUCUUUGGUAAUAUCUCUGACGAUGGAAAAGAUUUUAUCAAAAAACUUUUAUUGAAAAGUCGAAAUGCACGAAUGACAGUUCAUGAUGCACUUGACCAUCCAUGGUUACGCGAAGAUCGUUCUGAUCUCGAUUCACGAAUACCAUCCGGUCGAUUCGACGAUAUUCGUCAACGUACUCGAGCUCGAUACGCUGGAUAUCCAGAUCCAACUAUCGGCCUCGGCCGCAUGGCUAAUUGGAGUUCACUCCGAAAGAAUAGACCUCAAGAAUUCAAUAUAUACAGCAGCUUCUGGGAUCGUCGAGAAGCUGCUCCAAGAUUUAUCCUUCGUCCUCGCAAUGCUCAUGUAUUAGAAGGUAACAAUGCUGAAUUUGAUUGUCGUAUUAUUGCUGUUUCGCCACCUGUCGUCUCCUGGCAUCGAGACAAUGCAGAAAUUCGUCAAUCAACCAAGCAUUCGAAGAAAUACGACCGAAACAAUUAUAAACUCGAAAUCAAACGCUGCACACAGGACGACAAAGGCGAAUACAUUGUGCGUGCAUCGAAUAGUUAUGGCGAAAAAGAAUAUGCCGUCUUUUUAACGGUUGAAUCUUUGCCUGUUACACCACAAAUUGAGCAUCGUGAACUUGGUCCUCGACGACCGAUCCAAGAGAUGGAGUUUGAUCUAUGGAGUGAACCCGAUGCCAAGCCUGUAUUUACAUUUAAACUUCGACCACGUCUUAUUCAAGAAGGCGUUGGUGUGAAAUUAAUCUGCUGUGUCAGCGGCAAACCAACGCCAAAAGUGCACUGGUUUAAAGAACGUACUCAAUUAAGCGAUACAGAUGAACAUUAUCUGACAUCUUAUGUACAUGGUGUAUGCACGUUAGAAAUUACAGCAUGUGAAACGUCAGAUACUGCUAUGUAUCGUUGCGGUGCUACCAAUCCAUUAGGUAGUGAUGAAACAUCGUGUUUCAUGCAUGUCGAAGAAGUUCGUCGUACACGACGUGGACAUUCGAUGCGCCCAGGAGAUGGUGAUACUUCACGAGGUGCAAGUCGAGCUCGUUCGCCAUCACUUCUCGGAUCAUCGGGCAGAGAUUCAAGCUGGCGCGAUAAAUUAGGUGCCAGUGAAAGACCUGCUCACCAAGAUACGCUUGACGUUGAAAAACCAAAACGUAAAGAACGUCGAGAUCCACCCAAAUUCAGUGAACAGCUUACCGAUAUUACUAUGUUCGAAGGUUCAACAGCAAAAUUAAGUUGUACAGUUAAGGGUAAACCAACACCAAAGAUCGAAUGGUUAAAGAAUGGCGAAUCCUUGACUACUGAAUCUCGAAUCCAUGAAACUUAUGAUGAUGAUGUAGCAACAUUAAUUAUCAAAAAAGUUAAAGUAGACGACAGCGGAGAAUAUAUCUGCCGAGCUACCAAUGAUGAAGGCUCGGACACAUCAAGUGCACAAUUAACAAUUAAAGCACAUGUACCGGGUGAAAAUGAAGAUGCCUAUGUUGCGUCGUUGGCUCAAGAAGAUGAAACUUCUGUUAAAGCUGAGCCACAAGCUGCCAGUGAAGAAUCUGUUGCUACAGAUGCUACUGUUCCUGAAUCAACUGAAGGUGCUGCCAGUGAAACAGCUGCUAAAGUCGAAGAGAAACUUCCAUCAGAAGCUGUAGCUGAAGUACCCGAAAGCGCAAACAUCUCGACAGAACCCACACCAGUUGAAGCACCAGUGGGUAGUGAACCUGCACCUGCUCCAGCAGCCGAACCAACACCACCACCAGUACCCGAACCUGAACCAGCUAAACCUGCCGCUGGAAAAGCUGCGCCAGCAAAAAAAUCAGCCGUACCUGAAAAGAAACCAGUGGGAGCUGCCGCUUUGAAAAAACCCGAACCGGCAAAGAAAGUUGAAGAAAAGAAAGAACCAGCUAAGAAACCCGCUGAAGAAAAGAAGAAAAUCGAAGAAGUUCAACCUAAAGUUGAAGAACCUGCACCAGCUGAACCCGAACCCAAGAAAGAAGAAGAACAACAACAGCCAAAAGCUGAACCAGAGAAAAAAGAAGUCGAAGAGCCAGCUGAAGAAAAGCCAGUUGAACCUAAAGCAAAGUUUAUUAAAUAUAUCAAAUCUCAAAAUUUAAUGGAAAGUGACUCAUUGACACUUGAGUGUGCAUGCGAUGGUACUGAAGAUGAUCUUGAAUUGACUUGGCUCAGAAAUAGCAAAGAAAUUCCUGACAAUCCAGAUUUCCGCCGAGAACGGUCAGGAAAUUCAUUUAAAUUAGUCGUUGCUGAAGUAUUUCCUGAAGACUCCGGUGUAUUCUCAGCCCUAGUGAAAAAAAUUCGUCAAUCAACCAAGCAUUCGAAGAAAUACGACCGAAACAAUUAUAAACUCGAAAUCAAACGCUGCACACAGGACGACAAAGGCGAAUACAUUGUGCGUGCAUCGAAUAGUUAUGGCGAAAAAGAAUAUGCCGUCUUUUUAACGGUUGAAUCUUUACCUGUUACACCACAAAUUGAGCAUCGUGAACUUGGCCCUCGACGGCCGAUUCAAGAGAUGGAGUUUGAUCUAUGGAGUGAACCCGAUGCCAAGCCUGUAUUUACAUUUAAACUUCGACCACGUCUUAUUCAAGAAGGCGUUGGUGUGAAAUUAAUCUGCUGUGUUAGCGGCAAACCAACGCCAAAAGUGCACUGGUUUAAAGAACGUACUCAAUUAAGCGAUACAGAUGAACAUUAUCUGACAUCUUAUGUACAUGGUGUAUGCACAUUAGAAAUUACAGCAUGUGAAACGUCAGAUACUGCUAUGUAUCGUUGCGGUGCUACCAAUCCAUUAGGUAGUGAUGAAACAUCGUGUUUCAUGCAUGUCGAAGAAGUCCGUCGUACACGACGCGGACAUUCGAUGCGUCCAGGAGAUGGUGAUACUUCACGAGGUGCAAGUCGAGCUCGUUCACCAUCACUUCUCGGAUCAUCGGGCAGAGAUUCAAGCUGGCGCGAUAAAUUAGGUGCCAGUGAAAGACCUGCUCACCAAGAUACGCUUGACGUUGAAAAACCAAAGCGUAAAGAACGUCGAGAUCCACCCAAAUUCAGUGAACAGCUUACCGAUAUUACUAUGUUCGAAGGUUCAACAGCAAAAUUAAGUUGUACAGUUAAGGGUAAACCAACACCAAAGAUCGAAUGGUUAAAGAAUGGCGAAUCGUUGACUACUGAACCUCGAAUUCAUGAAACUUAUGAUGAUGAUGUAGCAACAUUAAUUAUCAAAAAAGUUAAAGUAGACGACAACGGAGAAUAUAUCUGCCGAGCCACCAACGAUGAAGGCUCGGACACAUCAAGUGCACAAUUAACAAUUAAAGCACAUGUACCAGGUGAAAACGAAGAUGCCUAUGUUGCAUCAUUGGCUGAAGAAGAUGAAACUUCUGUUAAAGCUGAGCCACAAGCAGCUAGUGAAGAAUCCGUUGCUACAGAUGCUCCUGUUCCUGAACCAACUGAAGGUGCUGCCAGUGAAACAGCUACUAAAGUCGAAGAGAAACUUCCAUCAGAAGCUGUAGCUGAAGUACCCGAGAGCGCAAACAUCUCGACAGAACCCACACCAGUUGAAGCACCAGUGGGUAGUGAAUCUGCACCUGCUCCAGCACCCGAACCCGAACCAGCUAAACCUGCCGCUGGAAAAGCUACACCAGCGAAAAAAUCAGCCGUACCUGAAAAGAAACCAGUUGGGGCUGCCGCUUUGAAAAAACCCGAACCGGCAAAGAAAGUUGAAGAAAAGAAAGAACCAGCCAAGAAACCCGCUGAAGAAAAGAAGAAAACCGAAGAAGUUCAACCUAAAGUUGAAGAUCCUGCACCAGCUGAACCUGAACCCAAGAAAGAAGAAGAACAACCAAAAGUUGAACCAGAGAAAAAAGAAGUCGAAGAGCCAGCUGAAGAAAAACCAGUUGAACCUAAAGCAAAGUUUGUUAAAUAUAUCAAAUCUCAAAAUUUAAUGGAAAGUGAUUCAUUGACGCUUGAGUGUGCAUGUGAUGAUACUGAAGAUGAUCUUGAAUUGACUUGGCUCAGAAAUGGCAAAGAAAUUCCUGACAAUCCAGAUUUCCGCCGAGAACGGUCAGGAAAUUCAUUUAAAUUAGUUGUUGCUGAAGUAUUUCCUGAAGAUUCCGGUGUAUUCUCAGCCCUAGUGAAAAGUAAAUCAACUAAUACUGAACUUCUCUCCUCAUGUUCAGUUAUCAUAC